UUUAAAAUGCAGCUUUUUCUCAGUCUCUCACUCAGGCCUUUGAAAUGGUUAAUAAUUGACCUGUUCCACAGACAUUAUUCUAGCCGGAUAGCAGGUCUUGCACCUCCUCUGUAAGCCAAAGCAUAUGGUGCAAUGGUGAAGAGACCAUUAUUUUAGGAAAUUGGAUGUAUUGUUUUAAUUAGUGAUGUUUUAUAUAAUGUAUCGUGCAUGCUUUUACAGCCUGUCAGAUACUGUACGAGUCGGUGCAUGUGUGGCCGCCUUUAGUUUUACUAGAGAUACUGAACUCUGUAUAAACAACUCCCUCCCAUUGUCCUUUGUUGUGGUUGUUACAGAUAAGCCAAGGAUGUGGGGAGUUAUUAGUGUGGCAGUAAAUAAUUUUCUGCCUUGCGAGUUAUAAACAUAAAGCAGUUUCAUUUUCCCUGUUUGGCUUAAGAAGUAACAAACACUAUACAUUUGCUUUAAUUCAAAUAAUAGGUAACAGUAUAUUUAGCACAAGCGGCAAAGUCGUAAAACAAGAUGGGACGCUGCCCCUUUAUAUAGUAAUGCACAGAGGUCUGGUCUUGCUGGGACUGAGCAGCUUUCCAUCAGGUAGAAGGGCGAGGAAAGGAAUGUGACUUCCCCUGGCAGGGAAAUAUCAGAACCUACUGCUUCUUUAAAGAUGAAGUAAAUCUCUCAGUUAAAAAUUAACAGAAACCUGAGAAUGUCCCACGCUGGAGCUAUCGCUGCCAUAGGAGUUGCACUUAUUGCUGCUGCUCUCUUCUCAGCUAUUCAUAAGAUAGAAGAGGGGCAUGUAGGGGUGUAUUACAGGGGAGGAGCCUUGCUGACUUCCACCAGCGGCCCUGGUUUCCACUUAAUGCUCCCUUUUAUAACAUCUUUCAAAUCAGUGCAGAGCACAAUGCAGACAGAUGAGGUAAAGAAUGUCCCUUGUGGUACCAGUGGCGGCGUCAUGAUCUAUUUUGACAGAAUUGAAGUAGUUAAUUACCUGAUUCCCAGUGCUGUGUAUGAUAUAGUGAAGAACUACACUGCCGACUAUGAUAAAACGUUGAUAUUCAACAAGAUCCACCAUGAGCUGAACCAGUUCUGCAGUGUCCAUAACUUGCAAGAGGUGUACAUAGAGCUGUUUGACCAGAUUGACGAGAAUCUUAAGCUAGCGUUACAGAAGGAUCUCAACUCGAUGGCUCCUGGGCUUGUAAUUCAGGCUGUGAGAGUUACCAAACCCAACAUCCCUGAAGCCAUCCGCAGAAACUAUGAGCUCAUGGAAAGUGAAAAAACCAAACUGCUCAUUGCUGCCCAGAAGCAGAAGGUUGUGGAAAAGGAGGCUGAGACUGAGCGGAAGAAAGCCAUUAUUGAGGCAGAAAAAGUUGCUCAGGUGGCAGAGAUCAAAUAUGGGCAGAAAGUCAUGGAGAAGGAAACCGAGAAGAAAAUUUCUGAAAUUGAAGAUUCUGCGUUUGUUGCGAGAGAGAAGGCAAAAGCUGAUGCCGAGUAUUAUACUUCACAGAAAACGGCUGAUGCUAACAGGCUUAAACUAACCCCAGAAUACUUGCAACUCGUGAAAUAUCAGGCAAUUGCGGCCAACAGUAAGAUCUAUUUUGGCCAAGAUAUCCCAAACAUGUUCAUGGACAGCUCGGCAGGGCCUUCAGUUCAGUCAGCGACACUGCUUCAGGAUGAUUCACCAGCUCUUAAUGAACCUGCAGUAGGCGACGAGUAAAAGUAGGGCCUGGAGGCCGCAACCUUUUUAGGAACAAAUAUUCAAAUUGGAACAGCAAUCUUUUUUUUUAAAUUAAAACACAUUUGUAUGUACCAUUCAAACUUAUUGCAUAAACACCUGCAAUUUUAAUAAGGUAAGAGGAUAUUAGCUCUGGGACUAUAGAAACAAACACUUUUGUAUUCAUCGAGCGGAACAAACCAAAUGAUUUACAUCGAGGGUCACGGGUAUUAUAAAAUUAUAUACAUGCGGGGCUGCAGUUUGGCACACUGCGUCUUCGUGUAUAGUUACUUAAGGCAUAUUAUUUACAGUGAAGUAUAAACAUAUGAAAAAUGUUCUUAUUUUGAUUUCAAACUUGUUGGUGGCAUUGCCUAUGUAGUAACUCCCCAAAUUGCCCUCCAUUGUCCCCUGUGAGCAUCACCACUAAGCAUCAGUUCUUGUGCUUAAAAAUAAGAAUCAACUGACAAAUUGCGAAACUGGUUUUCUCAUAGGGGUCAUAUCAUGAAUUUGUAACCCGAGCAUUGGUCCUGUCACAGCAGGGAAGGGGCAAAAUGCUGAUCUGCAUGGGCCUCGUCUGGGCCAAAAAGCUGGGGGUUACACAUUAAUGAUAUUAGCAGUGAAAAACUGAAAAUCUAGUAAAUUGUGAAAACUUAACUUAAAAAAAAAAUGUAAGUUACGAAAGUGCUCACAGGAACAUUCUGGGCAAUUCAACGAUAUAUAGUAAAAUGGAGUACAGCUUAAAAGUCAUUACUUUUUUAGAUACGCAACUUCUGUACAACUAUAACUCUCAGUAGCCUUCAAUUGUGGCUUUAUGUUGGAGAGCUGCAGUUUGGACAUAACUGUUGCAAUGAAGGAAAUCUCCUGGGGCAUAAAUGUGAAGCAGCUCAGCUUAUUAUGAACCCAUAACACUAUUAGCAAGAUAUGUGCAGAUGUAUGCGCUCCCCUGCCUACUGUGCUCCGUUGCAUCUGCAGACUCUUGCACAGAUGCCCAUGUCUGGUGUUAGAGGAUACUGGAAGUAGGGGGGUGGGUAGGUUGGGUUUUAUAUUACUACUCUAUAAAUGCAUGCAUCCGCCUCAUGCGCCUACCUAUCUAUUAAAGGAGAAUUAAAGCCUUAAAAUGAGUGUGUCUACAAAAAAUACUCUAUUUUAUAUGCUCAGCAGAGAGGUUCAGCAGCCCUGUAACACUAAUGUUACAAAGUUGUCCAAUGAAGCACCACAUCUUGUUAGGCCAGCCUUUGAAUGUCAGUGACACUGCACAUGCUCAGUGUGCUUUGGGCUGCUGUUUAGAAACUAAUCUAAGGGGUCUUCAGAAAUCUCUGAGCAGAAAAAUGAGGUUCAGCUGUAGAGAAAAACCUGAUGCCACAGUGCACUGAUUUCUAGUCAGCCUUGUUUUGUGAUUUCUAGAUGAUAUAUAGAUGUAUACAUACACUGUAUACACUGACAGCAGCACAGAGUAUGUGCAGUGAAUCAGCAGUAAAGAAGAUGAGGAGCUACUGGGGGCAACUUUAUUAGAUCCCUGCUAAAGGGCUCUAGUCACCAUGGAGUCACCAUGUAGAACCCCAAAACAUAAUGUGCAGCAUUUCUAGCCCAAUCCCAAUUCUGCGCUAAGCUUUAGUUCUCCUUUAAUAAAAUUCUAACAUCCUACAUAAGCGCUGCUUUGCAUUAGGUUGACGUGGUGACCUUUUUUGCGUUACCUUGUUAGGCUAAGGCUUCUGUUUACUGCACAAUGCUUAAUAACAAAGUGAAAAGAAUUAAUGUUUCUCCAUAUAGAUAUGAAGAUAUUUUUUUCUUGCAGUUAGACCUGUUCUCUGGUAACCUUUAAUCAGAUAGAGCAAUUUAAUGAUUAUUUGCUUUGCAUUCAGAUCAUAUGGACUCCUCAGGAAUUUCAUGUUAGGGCUGUUGCUCUAAAUUUAUAUGGCUCUUAUGCACUUAUUCACUCUCUAGUGUGUUUAUAUGGGCUUUUACGUUGUACAGUCAGUCUCUAGUUACUCUCUAUUUGGAUACACGUUGCAUCCCGUUUUACCAUCUCACAUUUAGUAGCAAAAUGACAAUGCAGCAAUGUAUUUUUUGUUUGCAAACUUCUUGGAAAUGUUACAUUGCGUUGAACGUGGAAACUGUGGGAUAUAAAGGCUUAGUUUUUUGACUGAUGUAGCUCUGGGGCUGUAAACUGUAUAAUGGUAACAAAUGUGCACCAACUGCUGUUCUGAACCCUGCAUUAUAAUGGGGGCCCCCUACACAGCCCUUAGCCCUCCUCCUUACAGCAUUACUGGGUACCCCCUAAAUGGGACCAUUUGCUGUAAAAAGCAUGGUAGUGCAGCAGGGUUGGUGGGCUUUAUCUUUCUUCAGUCUGGACCAAAAGCAGCACCAGAUGGAGCACACCAACCCUGCUGUGUUUCUCCCCUUUGUUUUUAUACAGGUAUUUAGAGGGUCCCUGCUGGUGUGGUUUGGGAGGGCUCUGGAGGGGGCAGUUUUUACUCUGUAUUUAGUUCUCCUUUAUAAAACGACUGAAAAGUACCUGUCACUGUGAUGAUUCUCACAGGGAUCCGGUUUUGCUGGGUUAAUACCCUUUGCAGGAGGAUCCUCCAGGCCAGUGAUCCCCAGCCAGUGGUUCAGGAGCAGCAUUUUGCUAACCAACCCCUUGGGUGUUGCGCCCAGUGGCCUCAAAGCUGUUGCUUAUUUUUGAAUUCCUGCCUUUAGGGCAAGUUUUGGUCGCAAAAAAAAAACAGAUGUACUGCCAAACAGAGCCUUCUUUAGACUGCCAGUCCACAUAGGAGCUAGCCCUUAUUUGGCACCCUCAUUUUCAUUCUUGAGUUGCUCCCUAACUCUUUUUACAUUUGAGUGUGGCUCACUGGUAAAAAAAGAUUGGGGAUCUUCAACUGCAAGUGUUUAGGAGAGAACAUUAGACAAUUUUUUUUGUCUGAGGUUAUACAACCUGUUUAUGUCACUGUUAAAAUAACAUUUAUAUGUAUGAGAGCUUUGAUCAAAUCUUAGUGAGGUACAAACUAGGAAAUAACGUAAGAGCAGUACUUCAACAAGUUUUUAAAUCAUUUAUAAUCCACUUAUUCCUUUAGGUUGUGUAAGAGUAAAUCAAACUAUGCAGCCUCAAUUUAAACACAAGCGAUAUUAAAGCAAAUAUUUGAUGUUCUGAAAUAAGGCAUUAUUGUUCUUGGCAACUAUCUAAAUAUAGCCUUUGGGUAAAUAGGUGAGUAUUCUCUUAGGAGCAUAUUUAUCCAACACUUCAAAAUAUUUUGCAAUGUCCCUUUUGGUCCUACCUAUUGGUCACCAUCCCUUUAAGUUAUCCAGUGGGCCGAAUUAAAUGGGUAUUGUUGCAUUUGGUCAUCCAUCGCAAUGGACAUUGGAGCAGACAGCCUAAUGUGGCAGGAAGGAAAGGGAAAUUGCAGCUCAUCUCACUUGUUUAUAUAUGUAUAUCUUGCUUGUCCAGUAGGAAGGGGUAUUGUCGGAUUACUUUUUUUCAGUUUGAAAAGACUGAUUGUGAUCAAACAGGGCUGAAUAGAAGGCCUGCCAAAAACUGACACCCUAAAGUACCAUAUAUGGCCGGAUUGUCAGGCCGGAUAGUCUGAACCAGCCAAACUGCCUGGCCAAAUCUGCAUGUAUGACCAGCCUUAAGGAAAAAACAAGCAAGCUAAAUUGCCACAGCAAGCUAAAUUGGCAACUGGGAGCUAAUAAAAAUUGGAAGCCCAUGAGCCUGAAUUAUUUGCCACAUUAGUAUGUCUUCAAAGCAAAUAUUCAUACAACAUUGUUUAAAAGGAGACAUUUUGCACACUGCAAGGUGCCCUUUUUUUAUUAUAAGGAAUGUGAUCUCCUUCUGCGUGUCUGUUUUCACUGUCCAGGAGCCCAGAAGGUCCUGUAAGCAGCUGAAAUACAUACAUGAAACACACUACUCUGCUUAAAAUGUAGUAGGGAGAUUCUAGUUAUACCACUGGUUGAACUUUAUUGUUCUGGACACUUUAUGAGUUGGGUAAAAAAUUCUAAAGACCUUCUACCUUUAUAGAGCAAUUCAAAUAAUAUUUUAAUGUCCCAAUUGUAAAUGAUGCCACUUUUGUGGGGAUCCCAGGGUAUUACAAAUAUAGAGUUUAUGUUUGGGGUCUGAUUUAGUGAAUGUUGUUUCUUUACAGUUCCCUAAGCUUUACAUUAUUCUGAGCACUGAGAAAGUUGAAAUGACACUACUUUAUGCAGUUCUCUAAAUUGUAUUUCAGUUUUCUAAUUGAUGUUAUGGUAAUGCCAUGUUUUAUUUUUUUCUGCAUAGAUGAAAUUUGACAGAUUGUAAAAGAUAUUUGUUUGUCUAACGCUGUGCUCAAACUAAACAUCAUCCUGCCAUUGGUACUACCUAAUGGGUAAUGUUUACUGAACAAAUAAAUAAAUAGAUUUGUAUUUGCCUUUUCCUA